AAUUCGGCAAACAAUUGUUCAAUGUUGUUGCAGUCAAUUACCUAAAUGAAUGUCCGCCCAUUUUUAUCACGAAAUUUACAACUCAAUUUUGCAAAUCUUGUUGCUCGAUCUUCGAACAUAAACUAAACGAUGUUGAUAGGUUUUCUCAUCGCCAUUGACAUAAACUUCUGCGCUGUGGACCAUAAAAACGACGCUGAAACUGGCAGCAGUCAUCAGUUAACGACUAAGUGACUCCAGCAAAGCUUCGACCAGCUAUCGACUUUAAUAUGAAGUGGUUUAAUUUGUUCCUGCUGCUCAGUGUUUUGGCCCUUGUGGGUGGCAUUGGCUCCAUGGCAGCCGCCGAGCCGCUUCCUCAGCCGGGACCAGAGCCAAAGGGUCGUCCGAACACCACUCGUCGUCCCAGGACGGAUAAUAUCGAAGAUCGACGCUAGCAAACCCAGCAGGAUGCUCCUGUCCACUGCACCCAACAGGAGCAGACUCGCGAUGCACGCACAAAUGUUAUCAAGGUGAAGGUGAAGUGCUUUGGAUUGGAGAAAAUGCAAUUUGUUGAAGUUUUACUUGUGUAAUAUUUGAAAUAAACGCACUUGAACAUUA